AUGCAACAGUACCCACCCGGCGUCUAUAUCCGAACAUUCCUGCUGCAAGUCAUGGAGAUAUAUACGACGAGGAUAGGCAAUGGCACGGGGAUGCGGGACUUCUACUCGAUAUAUGUCAUGUCCUACUGUGAGGGAUUUCUACAUGCAGAAAGUCGAAACUGGACCGCAUGUUCACACCCAUCGCUACUGUUCUCCUUCAAUGCGACAGAAGCAUUAACGAAAGAUGCUGGUAACAGCACCUCACUAUCUAGCCUGGGAUGGCCGAGUUCCAUCACGGAUGAUCUACGCACGUUCGGUGCUACCACCCAGAGCAUGGGUGUCUUCUACUGUAUUGGGAUAGGGUUAGCGGGACUGGCGGUCUUGGAACGACUGUGGUUCGUGAUCGCGAAAGGACCGAGACAGACAGUGGUAGAAGUUUCUUCUCUCGUGCUCAGUUUCACUAUGCUCAGCAUUCCGUCCAUUAUCGCAACAGUGGUUGCAUUACAAUUUGUAAACCUUAUCAAUCGUCACGGAGAGGAGUCCGGUGUGACGGCGACGUAUGGGCAUCAAUUUUUAGGAAUGACAUGGGCUGCCGUCGGGUUGCUGCUGGUCGGAGGCAUUGUCAGUUUACUUACGGUAUUGGUGGACCGUAACCGAUCGGCAGACCAGUAUGAACCGGUGGCAGAACCGAAGACGGUGGCCGAGGAUUCCGACUCGGUAGAGUCGAACCAGAAGGGGGACUAA